UUGUGUGUAAAGAGCGGCGACGACGCUGGCUCGACGCUACGCUCGAAGUGCGCGGCGAGCGAGGAGGUAAAGCCUGCUUGCACCGGUCGCUGCGCGGAGUUGGCCCGCGAGGUCUCGGCUUGAGUGGUCGAAAAAACGCUCCGCUCGCGCCACAAAGCCGCGUGCGUGUUGGUCCGGCAGCGAGCUCCAGCGUCGGUGCUCCUGCCCUGGUGAAUAGCAGACGACGCGGAAACGAGCUCGCUCGUUGUCAACCGCUGUUCCUCCGUUGCCGGCAACGACGAGCAGUCGGAAUUGCAGCGACGGUCCCCCGGUCAUCCACUUGCCGUCGAAAUGCAUUGACCCGGCUCGAGCGUCGGUCGGUGCUCGCGCUGACGGCUGGCUGGUGUUGCGCCAGCUAGCUACCACCCGCGUACGGCGGCGCGGUCUGCGCGGUUCGUCCGCUCGCAGCCACGAUUACGGUGCUGGUUCUGGCACGGGCUACAUCUUCCUGGCAACGCAGUGUGUGACUGAUAGUGUGCCAAGACAAAAGACGCUGUCGUUGCCUCAACGGUCCCGCACCAGUGCCUCUUCAUCGGAUGUGGCGUCCCUUCUUUCCGUCUCGAGGGAGAUGGUUUCUACACGCUGCUCGACGCCGAUGACUAGCGCUGUCGACGUCUUCCAGCUGAAUCUUCUCGAGUGACAAGUUCGUUAGCGGUGGAGUGACUGAGCGGGCGGGACAACAAGGAGCGUCCUUUCACAUCUCCGAGUGCAGAGGAAAGAGGCGAGGCUCUGUGUGUGUGGUGCUUUCCUAUCCGAGUUUUAUUUUGCUUGAAGAAGAGUAGCUAAAGUUCAGUGGCUACUUGUGUGACAGCUGCAGUCUGAACGUCCCGCAAGGGUGUUCGUCGCCGUGACUGACGGCCCGGCGACUAUCCUGCUCACGCGACGCUGUAUGGCGUCCAGUCCCCGCGUGCUCUUGUCGAACGGUUCCGGCGGCAUGGUGGUCUCCCAGGGCAAGGUUCGGGCUGCUAGCCCCUCCAGGGAAGACUCGGGCAACGAUUCGGAUGGCACCGCCGCCGCCGGGACCAAGGGCGAUGCCACCGGAUCGUCGUACCGCAAGCGUCCAGUGCUGGAAGACUUCGAGAUGAUCAAGACGAUAGGAACGGGCACUUUCGGCCGCGUCUGCCUGUGUCGCGAUCGGAGUGGAGCUUUCCACGCCAUGAAGAUCCUGGAGAUCUCGGACGUCAUCCGGCUGAAACAGGUCGAGCACGUCAAGAAUGAGAAGGCCAUCCUACUCCAAGUGCAACACCCUUUCAUCAUCCGCAUGUCCUGGACGCACCACGACGCAACGUGCCUGUACAUGCUGUUCGAGUACGUCUCGGGCGGCGAGCUGUUCACGUACCUGCGCAACGCGGGUCGCUUCACAUCGGCCACGGGAUCCUUCUACGCGGCUGAGAUCGUGCUCGCCCUGGAGUACCUGCACCGGAUGCACAUCGUGUACCGGGACCUCAAGCCUGAGAACCUCCUGCUGGACCGAGAGGGGCACCUCAAGAUAACCGACUUUGGCUUCGCCAAGAAGCUGCACGACAGGACGUGGACGCUGUGCGGCACGCCCGAGUACCUGGCACCCGAGAUAAUCCAGAGCAAGGGACACAACCGCGCCGUCGACUGGUGGGCCCUGGGCGUCCUCAUCUACGAGAUGCUUGCUGGGUACCCUCCUUAUUUCGACGACAACCCCUUUGCCAUCUACGAGAAAAUCUUGGCCGGAAAAGUGGAGUGGCCAAGACACAUUGAUCCCGUCGCAAAAGACCUGAUAAAGAAGCUCCUGGUGAACGACCGGACGAAAAGGCUUGGAAGCAUGAAGAACGGUGCCGAAGACGUCAAGCGGCACAGAUGGUUCAAAGGGACGAACUGGGAAGACGUCCUCGAAAAGAAACUCAAGCCGCCCAUAGUGCCCAAGGUGUCGCACGACGGGGACACCGGGAACUUCGACGACUAUCCCGAACGGGACGGUCUCAAGAAGCGACCCACUUCGUCCUGCUCGUCGUUCAGCGAAAAGGACGUGGAGACGUUCGACGACUUCUGAGGAGCGAGCGUCCACUCACAACCCAGCACAUGCAGCGGAAGACGGUGCGAGCCUUUAUUCACUCUGUGUCGGCCUCGGUGGAAGACCUUGACUCAGCAAAGGACGUUGGCUAGUGCGGCUGAGUAGGGCGGCCUAAAGGAUUCAGCGGGGGAGAAGGUCAUGUCACGCGAUCCCUCGCCGACAGGCAGACAGCCGUCCUCUACACGAACGCACUACGUCCAGCGUCGUUAGCACCGCAGUGGUUGAACAUGAACUGUGGCCGUGCUCCGAGACGCCGGCGUCUACCUGACCGUCACGGCAAUUGCCUCGGCUAUAUGCUGCGGUUCGCAUGGCUACCGUGUACAAGCCUUCGCUGCUCUCGCUAGACAAAAGUCGCCGUAGUGGAGGACGUUCGCUGUGCUCGCAUUGAUCUGUAGUAUUGUAUUUUUUCCUCUACUUUCGCAUAAGCUUUCCUGUCUCUUAAGACGAGAGACGACACUGUCACGCUAUCAUGCCAUCGGCACAGUGUCGAAAAUUUCUUGCGCCGAGUUAGAGUGUUGAGUGAUCAUUUAUUAUAACGAAGUGCUUGAUGUAGCUACAUGAGCAGCCUGUUUUGAUCACAUUCUGACGUUUGCACAUACAUCGGUAAUUUCGUAGUAGCAACCUUUAGGGCGGUACCUCCGACUGACUGUUGGCUGACCGCCGUCAUUCUUGGCGCAGUGCGUGUCAGUGGCUGGUGGUUAAGCUUGAUAGCUGGAGGUUACGUCCUUUAAUGACCACAGGAAAGUUACAACGGUGUGACAUUGAAAAAGAACUUCGAGAAGUGCACGGUGUGACAAAAUGGCUGUGUUUAUCACAUGCUCAUGUUAGUCUAGUCACUAUGGGUUUGAUUUUGCCCUCUAGUCUGUAGUGUUAUUAAAUGUUUUCGAAGCCGCGUUGUAACCCUGAAUAUUUAAGUGGCUGCUCUGUCGUAGAUUGACUGUUGUUAAAGAAGCACGUGCAUGUAGUCGUUGUGCAAACUCUUUGCGAGUUAUGACCAUCAGGCUUCAUUGUCUACAGAGAUGUGCGCUUCGUAGCUUCAGCUCCGAAGCGAAGCUCUGGUCAGUUUACAGCUUAGCCUUGCCUUGCUAACGCCAAUUAGCUGGCCAUUUUCGACACCUAUGAACAUCACGCCGGAGAGGAACAGUUCUGGCAACAGUGAUCCCAAACAUAGCGCAACCAACGCAGAAAGCUUGAGCGCGCUCUGCAGAAUUAGGAAAUAGUACUCACUGAAAAAAAAAGAAGAAAAGAAAUUUGCUUACGAGUGUAGAGAAAAACGCAUGUCUUACCUAUGAAGCAGCCGUAGUAGAUAUCACCAGGGACCACGAAAGGCACCAAAAAGAAAGCAGAAAAAUGGACUGGAUAAAUGCUAAGAGAUAAAUUGCUACGGCAGUUUUUUUUUUAAUGAUCGUCUGACACUAUGUGCCCCUAACCAGUGCCAAACUUUCUGCACGAGCGGAACUAAUGAGGCAUUCUUAUAGGGCAUUAACUAUUAUUUGCGAAUAUCAAACGUCAUUUGAAGGAUUUCUUUUCGAUGAGUAUGAUGCAACGCGUUAGACGAAGUUUUUUUUUUUCUCUCUCUUUUGCAAGUAACAGACAAGUGUACGUAAAGAAAAGUAAAAGAAAGAAAGAAAAUAAAGAAAAAGCUGUAGGAAGGCGACUGGGAAAUUUCAACACCGUCAGCUCUGCGCUUGUAUGAUGCCCGUGUGCGCCCGUGUAUGUAGAAAUAUCCGCGCGCGACGGUUACACGUCACAUUCUCAUUCGACGGCAUUUUGUCGCACGAGUGGAAAGUUUUCAGGGGCUUUCUAUAAGCAUUUAUAAAGAGCUGGGCGUAGCCAAGCAGGGGAAGACGCAAGUGCUUACAGCGCACUAUAACGUGCCACCACUGAGAGAAACAGGGUUUUAUUAGCUAUACUGCCUGCUAUUUUUAUACACAUCGGAGCCGGCCACACUUCAACGAAACGACGUGCUAGAAGGUGCACAGCACAAAUAACAGCCGGCACCCGCGCAUUUGCGCUUAGCUGAUUGCCUUUUCAUCUCUCGCGCGACGUGACACUUGACAGAAACAAUCACUCACUCAGACGUUGUGACCAUGCCAAGAACUGUAACUGAGUCCAUGCGUUUGAGCCAGGGGAAGACGAGCUUGCAUGCUGUGUGGGUGGCAAAACAUUGAGCUUAGUAGGCAGAGUUGAAGCUCUGAGGGUCACCACUUUCUUGAGAUUUGUGAUCGUGCAACGGGUCUACCAGGUGAUCUAAAUAAAAACCUAAUCCGUUGGUUUUUUUUUUUCGGUAAGAACAAGAACUAAGGAGCGCAACUUUGAUUACUACUAGAAGAGGAUCGAUUGACUGAUAUAGUGACACUUUACAUGUAGGCAAGUUGUGUCACUGGCUUGGAUAUGCCUCAUUCUCAUAUGAGCAGAUAUGAGCACAACAUAGAAAAAGCAAAGGCGAUCAACUUGGCCGCUGGCGCAUUUCAACCACUCAAUUUCAGGUUUGUGAAAAUUGUAAAGCACCUGCUGCAAUGAAAAGCAAAUGUACAGACACAACAAUGAAUUUCAGAUGAUGGUAUAAUAAGCGAAACAAGAAUUAAGAACGAAUUUGGUCACGGUGCUCAGGCAUAACACCACUAUCCAUUAUGAUGAAUGUUCAGGCAUUCAGUGCUCUCAUUCGCACUUGAGGAUCAGUCCGUUCAAGGCGGAGAAUAUAGUACAGGAGCCGCCAAUUCGUAACCAAAUUUUGCAUGAUUGCGACGAGGGGUACCGGUUGCGAAAGUAGCAUCUGUUCCAUUUUUCUUCUACGCUGUCAUCGAAGUUGCGCUUUGUUGUUUUUCGCCAGAUGAACUGAUUAGCUCAGCAACAACAAGUAUUCGAGUGUAUUGGUGAAGCUUAGACGUAUACAGCUUAGAUGUGUUCUUGAACAGGGAAGAUAUAUCAGAGAAAAAUCGCAGCUGUGAUCACGCAUUACACGCUUGAAAUGUGUUGCACGACUCAUUUAUACGAAGUUCAAAGUUAAUAUCGGGGCCGACAGAUGGAAACACGAUGUGAUAAAAACUGGGUGAACAGAGGUAGGGUGCCUUGGGGUGCCUCAGACAGGCUGGCCGACGUUUCGAUAAAUGAACUGAUCUUUAUCUACGGUAUAGUUAGGAAAAAGAUAUCGAAACGUCCGCCAGUCUGUCUGAGGCACCCUUAUUCCUGCUCAUACAACUUUUAUCAUUCUAUACGAAGAAGAAAUAAAGCGAAUAGAAAAGUUAAAAAUACAGACAUCAACCACACCCGUGUUCGUUUUGCUACCCUUUACCGGGGGGUAGGGUAAGGGGACAAAAGAAAAAAAAAGAAGGAAGAGGGAGGGAUGCGCUAGCAGUGGGAACACGUAGGUGUGCCAGCCAGGUCUUCGGGUUGAUUGCCUAGCUGCCGACAUAUUGUGUCCCAGAUAACUGGAACAAAGUAGGUGAUUGCUGUAAGAGUUGUGAGCGCUCCGCUGAGGCACCGCACCACGAGGGGAUGCACCAACUAGCCCCACAACGUGUUUUACUGCACCACGAGAUGUUAUCACAAGCAUUGAUGUUCACAUCUACGCGUCUUCCGGUAUCCCCGGCAUAUGUUUAAGCCAGUUCGUUUACGCCAUGCCAAAAUAAAUAUAAUUGUGUUAGAUUCACGUUAGUGAUUACGACACGUGGAUGACACCUUUGAUUGAAGCAAGUAUGUUUCAGUGCACGGCUUUGAUGCGGAGGCAUUCGAGGCGAGUUUUAUAUCUAUAGGCCCAUUUAUUGAGCAUUUGCUGCUUGCAGUCGACGUGAAAGCGGCAGCCACUUCGCAAAUGCCGUCGCCGCAGCUAAUUAUGAGCGUCUUUGUACCAACACGCUGAUGCACGGCUUCGCUUAACCGGUACAUGCUUGUGAUGUUUAUAAGGGACUUGCCGAAAGAACUUGCAUAUUCUGACCGCUUGUAAGGCAGACGGCACAUAAAUAUGAACCAGCGCUGUUUAGCGCGUGUAAUAUGUACAAUAUUCGUUCUGUUCCAGGCAAACUUUAUAUUAUAAAAAUACGGUAAUUAAGAAUAUAAGCGCGUGUCAUGUAUCAAUUUGACAACAAUAUUCCGCGAUAUCUUCCCUUGAUGUACAGAGAAACAUGAGUGCUAUAAAUUGCGUUCUUUACGUGCCUUUGUUAUUCGUGUGCUAUAUAUUGUAUGAACAGCAGCUGAUCAACCGGGUGACAAUCUGUUUUUACAGCGACGAAAUACGAGCUACCGUCCCAGCUUCGAAAUACGAAUAUGAAACGCUGACAUCGUGAGCAAAGGGACUUUGUGAAAGCUAUUGUGGUGCGUAAAUGAAGAGGAAUAAUUAUACUGCGAAUGGAAACAUAUAUAGUGGUAAUCUCUGAGUGCAGAAACAAGGGCAAAAAAGAAGGCGGGGAGGGUAUAAUGCGAAUAUGGACAAAACGCGAAAUAUGCGCUUGUGUGGCCAUUGAAGUCUACUUCAUCGCGAUUUUCUUGGAUACAAAAGCGUGAUCAUGGAAAGAGAGAGUAUUAGAUAAUCUUUCAUAUGGCGAAUACACUGUCAAAGCUUUAGUAUUGUGCCAAGUAAUUAUGCUGGACAGCAGAGCCCAAGAAGUCGGCAUCGAAAUUUUCGCAUGUCAGGUUGCGUGGUGUUAGCGCAGAAAGAUCAAAAGCUUGCCACGAUGCCUGCUUUGAGUACAGGGCUUUUCCCCGGCUCCUUGUAGCGUGUAUAGAAACCACGAGAAGUGUCAACAAGGCACCUAACCGUUGUGUAUUGUAUUGCGCUUUGAGCGAUACACUUCGCGCCAGUCACUUAUUUGGUGUCCCCGUGUAACGUAUAUAUAUAGCUGUGAGCUUAGUUUUAUUUCGACGCUAUUUCUACGUGGACAGUAGUUUGUUCUCUUAGUUUUCGAAGAAUACAAGAUGAUGUGAUAAUAAAAGCUCUGCCGCUGCUUCGCGGCAAGAAAACAAAA